CCAGCGCGAGUUCCGCGGCGGGCGCAUCGGCCCUCGGAGGCGGCGGGACCGGAUCCCGGCUGUCGGAUCCACGACGGGCCCCGAAGAGCAGGGCUAAUGGACACCUUCAGCACCAAGAGCCUGGCCCUGCAGGCCCAGAAGAAGCUCCUGAGCAAGGUGGCGUCCAAGGCGACCGUGGCCGUGUUCAUCGACGACACGAGCAGCGAAGUGCUGGACGAGCUGUACCGCGCCACCAAGGAGUUCACGCGCAGCCGCAAGGAGGCCCAGAAGGUGCUCAAGAACCUCAUCAAGGUGGCGGUGAAGCUGGGCGUCCUGCUCCGCAGCGGCCAGCUGGGCGGGGAGGAGCUGGUGCUCCUGCAGCGCUUCCGCCAGAGGGCGCGCCGCCUGGCCAUGACGGCCGUCAGCUUCCACCAGGUGGACUUCACCUUCGACCGGCGUGUGCUGGCCACCGCCCUCCUCGAGUGCCGGGAUCUGCUGCACCAGGCCGUGGGCCCGCACCUGACCGCCAAGUCCCACGGCCGCAUCAACCACGUCUUCGGCCACUUUGCCAACUGCGACUUCCUGGCCGUGCUCUACGGGCCGGCCGAGCCCUACGCCUCCCACCUGCGCCGGAUCUGUGAGGGGCUCACCAGGAUGCUGGACGAGGACAGCAUCUGACCCCAUCCUGCUGGGCUUGGGGAUCUGCGGGUUUAUAGUUUAUGACCUCUGAUCCCCAGUCUGAUUCUAGCCAAACUCCCCAGACAGAUGACCUGCCCCCUUUCAGAGGUUGCUGAACGGUUUAAAGCAGCGGUUUUAUGGACCCUUGUGACCUCUCCCACCUCAUCUCUCUGGAGAGAGGAAUUCAGCGUGGAAACUGGCACAGCCUGCGAGGCCAGUGGCCUCCCCACGCACCUCGAGACCGCUCUCUGCUCAGGUCCGUCUGUCCUGAACCGUGACAACCGAUGGCCCCCCUCAACUCACUGGAUGCCAUCUGACAGCUGGUGCUGCCCACUUCAUGUUGUAACCUGGGCUUUCUAAUUCCUUCAGAAAGGAGUCACACUGAACUGGAAGAAAGUAAUGGGGUGAGCAGUGUCCCCCCCUUUGUGGAAGUUCUAACCCCCAGGACUUCGAGUGUGACCCAAAUUUGGAAAACAGGGUCGCUGCUGACACAAUGGGUUAAGAUCAGAUCUCAGUGGCGCACAGUGGGCCCCUAACCCAGUGUGACCGGGACACUUCUAAAAGGGAGAAAUUUGAACGAGAGGAGAAUGCCAUGUGAAGGUGGAGCAGACAUUGGAGGGAAAUGCUACAAAACAAGGAACACCCAGGGUGGCAGCAGCCCCAGCCCUGGGAGCGGGGCGUGGAACCGCCUGGCGGAAACCUGGACCUGAGACUUCUGGCCUCCGUGACUGAGGAAACAAGCCUCUCCUUUCAGCCGCCCAGCCCAGGAGUGAGCGCAGGGAGCCAUGAAGGGGGCUGCAGGGUGCCGGUGGAUGGGUGAGGACACCUCAGUUUACUUGGGAUCCUAGCUCUGACUCCCACGGGGGAGGGGACAGUGCAUUCUCCAUACCGGGCACAAGGAAAAAGACAUCUGAGAUGCAGGCACAUUUUCCAAUGAUCAUUUCAUGUUUGAAAAGCAAACACACUAACAAAUGUUUUUCAGACCUCAGAAAGCAAAGCUCACAAAUCUUGGCUUUGGGGACACCCAAAAGAUGCGGUGAUCCUCAGCUCGGGGCACGGACAGAUAUGUGGGGUGUGGGAGUGCAUUUGCACAUUUUGUCAGCAGGGGGCAUAGAUUGCAAAAUGGCCACAAGUCCCGCCAGGUCAGGAAGGCUAUUCUGGGUGCCCAAGGGAGAGGGGGAAUGACCUCCUGUGACUGUUUCACAGAACUGGGCCUAGGUCCUUCGGGGCAAAGGUUGCAGACGGGAAGCCUGCAGGCCGCAUUGGUGAGAAGAUGGGUUUGCUUGCCCCCAGCCUGUGUUUGAGCCAUCUGGAAUCAGUUGACAACAUUUAAAACUGGGGAACUGCACGUGCCAAUCCAGAUUUGGAGUUUCUCUCUAAACCCCGGCUAGGCCUGCAUUGCCUGCUGGUGAAGCUGCAGAGGUUGCCCCUCUCUGCUUUGCCACAGUCUCCACCUCUCCCUUUUGCCUCUCCCUGGCCUGCUGUGCUGGCUGAUAAGAUUAUGCCCCCAGAUUCAGGUCAGCCUUUCUGUGGUUUGGUCUCUGCUUCCUUGAAGAAGCCAAAGCCUUUCACCGGAGAGCCGGCUGUUCCUACCUCCUACGUCACCGCUCCAAGGCCAACUUUCCCACUUACCUCUCCAGUCAAGAGACAGAGCUUCAUAUUCAAGAGCAAACGCGCAUUUUGAGUAGCCUGAGAAGCCCCAGAUGAAAUUCUUUGCCCUCAGCUCUGCUGACUGAAUUGAUCAAUAUGCAUAAUGCUUGUACUUGUUCCUGGAUGGGCUGUUCUGCCUCUUGACUCUUUAUAAGUUUGGGAUUUAAUUUUGAAAAACCAAAGAGCACUACAGAACAAUUUAAAUAAAAGCACACGUCUUCCACUGACAUUCUGUGAAACUGACUUGAA